CACAGCAGCGGCAGCAGCAGCCCCGGGAAGGAGAUGGCGCAGAACUUGUACGGUCCCGGGGUGCGGAUGGGCAACUGGAACGAGGACAUCUACCUGGAGGAGGAGAUCAUGAAAGACUUCUUAGAGAAGCGGGAUAAGGGACAGCUUCUCAUACAGAGGAACAGAAGACUAAAGAGUCAUCUUCUGCGGCCGAUGCAGCUCUCGGUGACGGAGGACGGCUACGUGCAUUUCGGGGACAGCGUGAUGCUGGUGAACCCGGACCACCCCGAGGUCCAGGCCGACCAGUUUCUCACCGGAGACCUCAGCCUGUGCCUGACUCCGGACGAGAUCAGAGCCCACAUGAGCGACCAGUUCGAGCUGCCCUGCGGCCUGAGCGCCUCGCCCACCAGGACCCCUGUUGGCAGGAACACCUUCACCGUGUUGAGGGCGGACAGAGAGGCCAUCGGCCAGGUCCUGCGAUUCGGGCAGAGCUUCCGCCUGGGGAUCACCCUGGGAUGCGAAGACCAGAUGUUGUACUUGUCCAGCGAGCACAGGACGCUCCUGCGGUCGGCCAAGAUGUCCUGGCUCCAGGACGUGUACCUGACCGACGAGGACUCCUACCUGAACUGCUGGCAGGCCACCUGCCCGGACCCCCAGCUGCGCCUGGAGUGGGAGGGCCUCCCGGUCCCGGCAAACACCAGAGUCCUCAUCAAUCACUGCCACACCAACCGGGGGCUGGCGGUCCACCGCUACCUCUUCCUAAGGACCUACUUCGGGAAGGAGGCGGAGGUGGCCGUGCACACCCACCUGGACUCCCACCGGGUGGAGAGGCCGCGCAACCACUGGAUGCUGGUGACCGGCAACCCCAGGAAGGAGGCGUCCAGCAUGUUGGACGUGCCCAAGCCGCCCCGAGGUAUUUCCUGUUGUGCACACCAAGCAGGUCAGUCCCAGACGAAGGACGUGGCCAUCGGCUGCUAG